AGUACACAUGUUCUUGUGGAUACUGCUGAUGUCCUCAGCUGUCAUGAUCUAAAAAAUAUUCAGAAGUAUCAGAUCCCUGUUUUAUGUGCAGAUUUCAUUUGGAAAUCAGUUGAAAAGGGGAAGCUUUUACAGAUUGAUGCAUAUAAGGUUAAUAAAUCACAAGACAACACUUCUGACCAAAGGCCAGACAGACAGGAUGUGGAAGACCUGUCAUCUGCUGAAAAUAAAAAUGCCACAAAGGAAAAUGAAAACAACAAUUCCAACCUUACUGUUACUGCAGACAGUGAGAGAAGAAUUCAGUCCAAAGUGGGAACUCUUAGAUUUUACAGUGAAAAUGAUCAAGAUACUCCUUUUUUCCCCCAAGAUUUUGAAGUCGCAAAAUACAGCAUCCUUGAAAAAGUUAACUCUAAGGAAAGCAAAGAUUUUGUAGUUAUUGAAUUACAGUGUUCCCAAGAGCAUUAUGAGUUUCCAUUUCGACUAUACGCAUGCUUCAGUGCAUCAAAUGGAACAAAGAAUAAUAAACAAUUGGUAACUAAAACUGCUGAAGAAAUAAGAGAGAAGUACGAGACUUUUAUUGCAGACUUGAAGAGCCAGGAUUUCCUGCUCAGAGAAACUUUUCCACCUGAAGCAGAAUGUUUAGCUUCUACAAAAUUGCAAAAGUUACUUCUAGAAGAAGCCAUCCAUUCAAGUACUAUAUGUCAGGAAGUUAGUGAUUUUGUGGAAUUGAUCUGGGCAGAAGCUAUUGGCCACCUGGAUAGUUUAUUACUUGAAUCAGUAAACAGCAUAAGCCUAAAUGAUGUGAGCAAAGCAGAAGGUAUUUUACUCCAAGUAAAGAAUGCACUGGAUGAGGGAGCUGACGACAUGACACUACAAGCGAUGAUAAUGGAAUUCUAUCAAGUUAUACGUCACAGAACUGAAGUAGACUAUAAAGUUUCCAAAAAGCUAUUAUCUAGAAAACAGGACCUGUGUCAGCUAAUCAGAGACAUGCUUAAUAUACAUGAAACAAAUAUGUCAUGCCCAAACCCAUCAUCUUUGGCCAAAUACCGGGCACUGAGGUGCAAGAUUGAAGCUGUUGAUUCAACGAGUUAUGAAUUUCUCAAUGUUGAACAACAAGUGUUAAAACACAACUACAAUGACUGUCCAGUGAAAAUUUUACAAGUGUAUAGGGUUGGCAGAAUAACUGAAACAGCAGAAUUUCUGAGCAGUCUUGGAAACAUUCGAUCCUUAUUCCAUGCAUCAUCUGUGCGCAACUUCAUGGGAAUUAUUUCCAGGGGACUCCUAAUGCCAAAAGUGGUUGUUGAAGAUCAUGGCCUGGAAAGAACUGACAUUGGGAAUCUGGGCAGUGGCAUUUACUUCAGUGAUUCUGUUAGCGCCAGUGUUAAGUAUUCCUCACCCAGCGAAAUGGAUGGAACCCGGCUCCUGGCAGUUUGUGACGUGGCUCUUGGAUCCUGCUUAGAUUUGUAUGAACGAGAUUAUUCAUUAAAUAAUCCACCGUCAGGUUAUGACAGUGUGCAUGGAGUCCGUAAAACAGCAGAUGUCUCUUCAGACUUUGAGGAUGAUGAAUUCAUUGUGUAUAAAACCUGCCAGGUUAAAAUUAGAUAUGUUGUUAAGUUUUGCCUUGAUGAAGAUCAAAUAAAACCAUUUCAGCCUGCAGCUGGAGUGGAACUGGAGCAAGAUAACAAUGAGCCAGAGUCGCAAUGUCAUUUACAGCAUGAGAGCUAUGCACUACCAAAUGCAAAUCUUUCGAAUCCUUUAAAAACUGGUCUUCAGGACAGAUUGGGAAAUCCUGUCCCUCUGGAAGGUGUUUAUAUCAAGGCAAGGAUAAUAGACUUUGUAGCACAGGUAGUAAUGUUUCAGACCUACACCAAUCAAAACAGUAAACCAAUUGAAGCUAAAUAUGUCUUUCCUUUGGAUGAUAAAGCUGCUGUUUGUGGAUUUGAAGCUUUUAUCAAUGGAAAACACGUCAUUGGAGAGGUAAAAGAAAAGAAACAAGCACAUAGGGAGUAUCGGAAAGCUAUCAGCCAGGGUGAUGGAGCUUAUCUGAUGGACCAGGAUGCACCGGAUGUUUUUGUAAUAAGCGUUGGAAACUUAUCUCCAAAUUCUACAGUUGUGAUCAAAAUCACCUAUAUCACUGAACUGAGUUUUCAGCAUGGUUGUAUCACCUUUCAUAUGCCUGCUUCUGUGUCACCAUGGCAACAGGACAAAGCAUUAAAUGAAAACACGCAGGAUACAAUAAAAAAGGUUUGUGUUAGACAAGUAAAACCACAGAAAAA